UUCCCUGCUUCCUCUGAGCUACAGUAGCAAUCUUUUUUUUCUUCAAACGGGUGCCGCUGACCCUGGGUUUCACCGUCCAUCAUUGGCUGGAAAAAAACGAGGAAUAGAAAAAAAAAAGGGUAUUGAGGUAUUUCUCAGGGAAUAAACGACUUCCUCUGUGUUGUGGAUGCGGUUAUGAGAGGUAGACUCAUUUCAUAGACCGGGGGCUGUACAACUGAAUGUGCCAGUGGCCCUGAGAGAAGAAUAUCAAGGAGAGGAGGAGGGGAGUUGGUGAAAGGUGAGAGGUAAAGACUUUCAGUUCCUCCAUCAGGGCAACGCAGAAAGGAAGGAAUAUCUCAAGGUUAGACCGCCAAUAGAAGUUUUCUAAGAAGUGUGUGAGCUGGAAGAUAAAAACACUUGCGUCAAAAGUUGCCUUUUGAGACUCUGAGGGACGCUGUUAUACUGCGUUCUCAUUCCUUCCUCCUCCUAAUUCUCUAUUUCUAUGACUUAAAUACACGCCAGUCAAGGCGGUUUGCGAGCGAGCCGCACAUUCAUCAAGUCCUUGAGGAAAGGAGAGGUUUUUUCAAGCGGUUGUCACCGUCACUCCAUCCACCACCGUUCAUAGGUGGUGUGUUUGUCCAAAGCAGACGUGGGGGGACACCGGUUGGAUUUAUCUGAUCUUACAAGCCAUCAGGUUGAGCAGAGCGUCGCUAAACAUGACCUGAAGUGUGCCGGCCCCGGAGCAAACGCCGCUGUCAUCUUGGCCAACCCGAGCUGUCAUCUCUCAGAGCAGCCCACGAGAGCUGACAGCUGUGGCGUUCCCAAAACAAAUCACUGCUGCAUUUGGUAACACUCUGCGUCCCCGCGAUUUAGCCCUCACCAAGACGAGAGCGGGAGCGGCGGCUGCUAAUGCUCUGGCUAAUGCACUGCCUGUGUGUGUGUUCAUCUUCAUCCUCUGUGUGUGUGUUUGUGUUUGCAAGGGCUUAUGCAGUUUCACCUUGUUUCUCUGCAACUUAGAGCGAUGUUCAUAUCUCCCUUUGUCUCCUCUGCUCUCCUGCCUCCGUGGCCUUCACCUGCAUGCCUUCUGUUGUGUGUUGAGCUCACAGCGCCUCUUGUAUGUCAUCUAACAUGGACACUGUGAAGAAAAAGACAAAAAACACAGGCUAUUAUAAAACCAUCACACAUAUUACAUCAAUAUUUCUGAGCCAAAAAGCCUGAAGAAUCUUUGAGGGCUAAUAGAUGUGUGAAAAUUGUGAACCUUGAGCUUUUCUGUUAUUGUUGUAAAAGUGUCAAUAAAUGAUGCCGGUUUCACCAUCUUGUUUAUUGGGCUUUUGCCAUCUUGGUUUAUAAUGGCGAAGUAAAGGAUUGACCCAAAUGCAGGGAGACACGGGGAAACAGAGGGUUGAAUAUAGGGGGUUUUAAUAGUAAAGAAAAAUGUUCAACACAACAAUUGCGGAACUGGGGAGUCAAGAAAUGAGUAACGAAAUUGUCCAAUAAAACAAAACUUCUAAAACAGGGAACAUGGUAGGGAAGAGCAGAGAUGAAUCAGGGAACAUACCAGGAUUGAUUAGCAGAACAAGUAACACCACGGACCAGGAUACACCACAGACGAACCGACAAUGAGACAAGAGACACUCAGGGUUUAAAUACACUGGGAAGGUGCAGGUGAUGAGACACAGCAGGGUUCAAUUAAGGGCGGGGAAGACAAUCACAAAGGUGGGAAGUAGACAAGGACAGGAAGUGAAGUGAACACUGGACACAAGAGGCAGGGAAAGUAAAAAUAAACGGAGAAACAACUAAACAAAAACCAUCUUGGUUUUUCGCCAUCGAGCCAUCUUAGUAUUUGACUAUCGCCAUCUCUGUUUUUGGCCAUUGCCAUCUUGGUUUGUGGAAGUCUCCUUCUUAGUUUAUUGCAACCAGAAGUGACACGAGAGGGUGGAGCUUAGUACAACUGAACGCUAACAUUUUUAGGGGACCAAAACUGAAAUUACACUGUGAAAGGAUUUAAGUUGUAAGACGAAAAACACAGACAACUCCCAAAGAGUUCAACGCCGUGGCAGCAGCCUGUCAAUCACAAGUCAAGUGAGAAUUAUGGUAAUUUUCUAAUUGACUUCUAUACAACUAGGCCUCUUUUUGCAACCGGAGGAGUCGCCCCCAGAUGGUCAGUAGAGAGAAUGCGGGUUGAAGUCACUUCAGCAUCGGCUUGACUUUUCAGAACAGUAGUUAUCGCCUGAUGAAUACUGAUGAGUUGGAUCUUCAUUCACUGACAGUUGAGCAGCUUCACAAAUUGCCAUUAAGGAUAUUUUCUCUGUAGUUUUCAGGAAAAAAAAACAUGUUCACAACCCAGACUGAACUGUGCAAGAUCAAAAACGCAGAGGUGAAGGUUCAAAAGUGACUUUUUCGUCUUAACUAGACAACUGAUUGAAUGUUCACAGUCGUAGGAGAGAUGAAGAAAAAGAAAAGGAACUGAGGCUGUUUAUUGAUACAUUUUUAAUGGUAAAGUGGUUUGUGCUAAAUGAGGUGUUUUUCUCCCUCUCAACUGUUUUGUGAAAGUGUCAUGCUUUUCAACUGACAUUUUUAAUGAGCUUACACACUCUCUCUCUCUCUCUCUCUCUCUCUUGUAUAAACACACACACACACACACACACACACACACACACACACGCACAAAUGAACCUGUCAGACACGGUUUGAACACAGAGAUUUUUGACUAUUUGUUACUGGGCUGUUUUUAGACAUCAAACUACAGCAGUUGAGAUGUGGUUUCUAUUGAUGUCAUUGUUUUUAUGUCACAGUCAUUAUUGAGAUACCCUGGCUCGUCUUUAAAGGAGCGGUGCGGCUAAAUUUGCUCAUUCCCCCCCCCCCCCCCCGCUCCCCUUACGUGAAAAUGAAACCGACGUUUUAAGCUACAUCCAUCAACCGCAUACAGUGUGUGGACUUAGAAGAGAAAUGCCUGGAUGUGUUGCAAAGACAAAAAUGUUUUUCAGACUUCGUUGCUCCUUUACUGUAUCAAAUUCCCGUACUUUACGUUUAACGGUACAAUACCUUUUGAUAUUUAUUCGUUGUCUUCUUUUGUCUCCCAGCAGACGUUUGGAGGAGAGGCUUUUGUUCAGCUACACAGAUGAACAACAGGAAGGAGGACAUGGAGAUCUCCUCUCACUACCGCCAGCUCCUCAGAGAGCUCAACGAGCAGAGGCAGCACGGCAUCCUCUGCGACGCCUGUGUCAUCGUGGACGGAAAGAUCUUCAAGGCCCAUAAGAAUGUCCUCCUGGGCUCCUCGCGCUACUUCAAGACUCUUUACUGCCAGGUUAAAAAAGGGGCAGAGCCUUACCACCAGACCACCGUCACUCACCUGGACAUCGUCACAGCGACGGGCUUCAAAGCCAUACUGGACUUCAUGUACUCGGCGCACCUCGCCCUCACCAGCAAGAAUGUGAUCGAGGUCAUGUCGGCCGCCAGCUACCUGCAGAUGACGGACAUCGUCCAGGCCUGCCACAGCUUCAUCAAGGCGGCGCUGGACAUCAGCAUCCGCUCCGAGAUGGCCGACGAGCUGGCCGACUUUGAGAUGGGAGCGGUCGGUGCCGCGGGCAUAAGCGGAGGUGGUGGAGGUGGAGGGGGUAUGGCAGGAGCAGGGGGCGGAGCAGGUUUAGGAGGAGGAGCUGGAGGAGGAGGAGGAGGAGGAGGAGGAGGAGGAGGAGGAGGAGGAGGUGGGAUCGUGGGCAUGGCUUCUGAAGCCCUGGCCUCCAUCAUGUCUGGUCGCAGCACCUCGCCUUGGCUGGCACGCCGCACCAGCCCGGCCAACUCUUCUGGGGACUCAGCCAUCGCCAGCUGCCACGAGGGAGGCAGCACGUACGGCAAGGAGGACCAAGAACCCCCCAAGAGCCACGAGAGCCAAGAGGAAGCCUGCCACGACUCCCAGCCCGCCUGGCCACACGACUACAGGCCCGUCACCGUCAAAGAGGAGCAGGUGUCCCCCGCCUCCUCCUCACAUCCACGGGACACUCCCAGAGGGGCGGCCCAGAGCCAGGGGGAGCAAGGUGCUGGAGGUGCCGCUGGAGGAGGCGGAGAAGGGCCCUGGCAACCGCUGUCGGGGUCGGGGCGGAGGAAGAACAGGAAGAACAAGGACACCGUCAGGCAUAUUACCCAGCAGUCUGAGAGGAACUGGGACAGGGAGCGGGACAGGGAGAGAGACCGGGACAGUAGGCCUGGAUCUCCUCUGCCCUCCAUGCUGGCUGUGGCUGGAUGGAACUACAACGGGCAGGAAAUCCCAGGGGCAGACGUGACCGAACCCAACAGCUCAGACAGCCGUGGCGAGCGACUCGACUUCUUCCUCAAACAGGAGGAAGCCCUCGCCGCCGAGCCCAGCUACCUGGGCCCCGGCGAAUCGGACGAAGCCGGGGGAGGAGUCGUGCGCGGGACGAUCUCGUCCGUGGCCAAUCUGAAGGCGGCGCUGAUGAGCAAGAACAGCCUGCUGUCUCUGCGGGCCGAGAUGAUGGGAGACGAUAACCCCUUGCUGUUCGAGUACCUGCCUAAAGGGGCUCACUCCCUGUCCUGGCUCCGCUCCAACAACUGCUGCAGCACGCUCCGGCCAGGGGCCACGGGGGCCACGGGGGCCACUAUUCAUAACAAACAAGGGGCUGGUUCCUCUCCUCCUCCUCCUCCUCUUCUUCUUCCUCUUCUUCCUCCUCAACUUCCACAAUCACCACCACCACCGCCACCAUCAUCAUCAGCACACUACCCGCCCGCUCCGCCCACGCCACUGCACCCCUCUGAGCCUCGGCCCCCCGAGGCCCCCGGUCUGCGGGCUGGGACGACCCGGCUGCGCUCAGAAGGGUCGGACAUGGACGUGGAAGAGGCCCCCGAGGGCCCGGAGGCCUCCACCUUGCCUGAGGGUGUGAAAAGCAAAGAAGACGUGAAAGAAUACCGCACAGCUUUGGGAGUCGAUCAGUCUCCCGUCGAGACGGAUCAGAUGGGCAACGGGAGCUUUAGUGGCGGCUCGACGGUGCCUGCGUCAGUGCUCGUGGUUGGCAGAGGGGCCGAAGGGUUGGUGGCGCGGGGCGAAGAGGCCGGGUCGGGGACCAGAGUCCUGCCAGAGCCCGGCGUCUGGCCCUCGCGUGGGUUCGCCUGCUCCCUGUGCAAGCGGCUGUUCAGCAGCCUGGAGCACCUCAGGGAGCACGAGUACCGCCACACCCUGUCUCUGAUGGCCCUGUCGCUGGACUGGCCGAGCGCCCAGGGCCCCCACGGUCAACCCGAGCGGCCCCGUCACCAGCCGCAAUCCCUCCACUACCACCAGUCCCUCUACCGCCCCACGGCGGCCGAGCCGGAGCUGCCGCCGGCGCGCUACCUCUGCUCCCAGUGCCCCGCCAGCUUCACCCUCAAGUCCAACGCCGACCGCCACGAGAAGACCAUCCACUACAAGAAAAAGCUGAUGCAGUGCGCGUACUGUCUGAAGCACUUCAGGGACCGCACGGACCUGCACAGGCACCUGUCCUCCGUGCACUCCAGGGAGCGAGGGUACACCUGCCCCGCCUGCGGCAAGGCUUUUAGCACCCAAAAGAACCUGGCGACGCACGUCAAAGUGUGCUGCCAGCUGGGGCCGCUGCCAGUAGCUCUGCUGGGAGGCGGCGCUGGGAUGGAGAUGUCUCAGGGCGGGGUUAUCGAUUCGCUGUGGCGGCUAUCUCAGGAGAUGAAGGUUGACGAUCAUGAUCUCGGCAUCAAUGUGGAAAAUUGAGACAGGCCUAUGUACACAAAACCCAUAUCAGUUAGCAGCGUAGCAUCACGUGCUGUACGUUCAUGCCAAAAAAUAACAGAAGAUCCGCGGCGUCAUUGCACUGAGAAGGGAAGAAUUCCCUUAAAAUUAUAUAAAAUAUCUGUCGACGUGAUCAAAAAAUACUUAGGGACUCCUCUUUUCUUUUUUUUUUACAACUUGUUAAAUAUAUAUAUUUUUUGACAGCUUAAAUGUCAACAAUGCACAACUGCUAUGCAAAGCUGAUCUUUUGAAAAAAAGUUUUUUAAAAAGAAGUUAUAUGUAAGUUACCCAUAAAAACAGGUGAAUAACUUUCCGUUGCGGUGCCGAGUGGAGACGGUGGGGGUGGGGAGUGGGGGGUGUAUCUGUCCGCCUCGCCAACCCAAACCACUUGUCUAGCUCUCUGUCGCCAGCCACCAGUCUGACUAAACUCUUCUCUCCUUUUUAGGCAGAGAGAUCUUUAUCUUUGUGACCACCCCUGCAUUAAGGGCACAAAGACACUCAGGUUCCACUGAGACUCACAGCCCACACAACCACACCACCUGCAGGCCCUUUGUAGAACUGCAGCAAGAGAGCAGAAUAAAAAUCACCCGAAUCAGAUUAUUUCUGUCAACAGUGGUAGUUCACCUCAACAGAAAUUAAAAAUAAAUAGCACAACACAAUGAAAU